AGGCUUCACGUCCUCGCCGCUGUGCUUCCGGCCGCCAGCGCUCAAGAUGCCUGAGAGCCUUGUUCAGGACGGCGGCCACCUGGCAGCACCGGGGCCCCUGCCGAAGACGCCCAGGAGCGACUUCUGCGGGAUGCAGCCCCAAACGAACGUCCAGGAGAUGGCCUCCAACCUGGCAGAGUGGCGCCAGCGCGCGAAGCAGGCCAUGGAGGGCGCCGAGGAGCCCGGCGGGAGGCGGCCCCCGCGGAGGGGCCCCAUGGCGCAGGCGUCGUCCAGCGGGCCCUCCGAGGAGGAGAGGCGGCAGCGGGCGGAGCACCUGCGCCAGCAGCGGGACGCCCUGAUCGCGAAGCGGAACGCCGACCGGGAGCAGAAGAUCGACGAGCUGCCCGCGCGGCGGGGCCGCCACGCCGCCGACAUGACCUUCGCCACGGCCGAGGAGCGGCGGGCGGCGGGCAGCGGGAAGCUGCCGCCACCGGCCGCGGGGCCCCAGGCGGCUGAUUGCCGAGCUGACGCCCAGAGCGGCCGCGCCCGGCGCCGCCCGGCUGCCAGACGCGGCGGCCGCGGCCGACCAGAUGCGCCGGGCGCUCACCGCGCAGCUGCGGCAGACGCUGUGCCACUCCAUGGUGAGCGACGCGGGGCUCCUGCAAGACGAGAUCAACCAGCUGCACAUGCUCAGGAGGCAGGGUGCUGCACCAUGACCUGCUGUGACGGGCCCGUAGCGGAAUCGGCGUUCUUAUUUUUUCGCUCACCCCCGCGUUAUUUCUCUGUAUACCGUUCCCGAUGCCCUUCUCCCAGAGAAGGCGCAGGCCGGAGCGUCCGAGGAGAGCGAUGAAGGGAGGUGGCCAGGGCCAUUAGAUGCUUCCGUCUAGCCACCAGUCUACCGUUAGCGGGUCAGCCCCAUCAGAGGCGCCCAAGAUUGCGAUAUUCCCUGUUGUUCACAAGCGUCGGUGCCAAGGCGUCUUGUGCUGCCACGGACGUGAGGCUGGUCCAUCGCGCCUCCCAUGUGCGAGCCACCUCGCUCCGUAGAGGCGCUGGUGCUGACCGGGCCUUCGCUGCAGAAUCGUGCUCCAGAAAGUGUAGGGCUUCUCCGCUGAGUCUCCCUCCA